CAAAGAGGGGAGCGGGAGAGGGGGCCGGGACGUCCGGCUCCAGAGGCUGAGUGAGCCUACUGACCCCGCAGGUGGGAGCCGCAGGAAGAUGGCGGAGCUGCGCGCGCUCGUGGCUGUAAAGAGGGUCAUCGACUUCGCCGUGAAGAUCCGGGUAAAGCCUGAUAAGACAGGCGUGGUCACGGAUGGCGUGAAGCACUCCAUGAACCCCUUCUGUGAGAUCGCCGUGGAGGAGGCCGUGCGGCUCAAGGAGAAGAAGCUGGUGAAAGAGGUCAUCGCCGUCAGCUGCGGGCCCGCCCAGUGCCAGGAGACCAUCCGUACUGCUCUGGCCAUGGGUGCGGACCGAGGCAUCCACGUGGACGUGCCAGCUGCAGAGGCAGACCGCCUGGGUCCCCUGCAGGUGGCCCGGGUCCUGGCCAAGCUGGCAGAGAAGGAGAAGGUGGAUCUGCUGCUGCUGGGCAAGCAGGCCAUUGAUGAUGACUGUAAUCAGACGGGACAGAUGACAGCUGGAUUGCUAGACUGGCCACAGGGCACAUUCGCCUCCCAGGUGACACUGGAAGGGGACAAGCUGAAAGUGGAGCGGGAGAUCGAUGGGGGCCUGGAGACCCUGCGGCUGAAGCUGCCUGCCGUGGUGACCGCUGACCUGCGGCUAAAUGAACCCCGCUACGCCACGUUGCCCAACAUCAUGACGUGGCAGUCAUGGGGAGGAUGCUGCCGGGGGGGCCGCAGGCGCUCCAACAGCCCCGUGAACAGCGGGUGCCCGUGUGCAGAAAGCCAAGAAGAAGAAGAUCGAGGUGAUCAAGGCCGGAGACCUAGGUGUGGACCUGACCUCCAAGCUCUCCGUGGUUAGCGUGGAGGACCCGCCCCAGCGGACAGCCGGCGUCAAGGUAGAGACCACGGAGGACCUGGUGGCCAAGCUGAGGGAGAUUGGGCGGAUUUGAGCC